UACGGUAUGUUCGAAUAUGCUUACGUUAUUUAUCUCUUGCACUUUGCUUUAGAUAAGCAGACUUGCGGUCUUUCUUACCUUUUAUUUUGGACGACAGUAAAUUGCGCACGGCCCCACCCCUUUAAGUGUAAUGUGUCUUCUUGCCAGCGCGGAGCUAAGGGUCUGAUGUGAGACGAAGUAGCAGAGCCGAGUCGGAGGUAAGGGCUGCUGCAGACAGGAGCAAGCUGACCAGACUGGAUUGGUAGAACUGAUCGGGACUGAAGGACCCGCUUUCUACCCUCCUCUGAUCUUGGGACUGGCGAACAGCCGGCUUCAGGAGCAAGAUGUGCACCAAAGGCAACCAUGAAACUUUGAUCGAGAUGAAGUCGUCUCUGGAUGACGGCACUGGAGAUGGUACUACAUUGCUGACGGCGUACAGGAGGACGUGGCUGCCAGAUGAAGAAAGUAAUGGCCUCAACCACAAAAAUGAAAAUAAAGAUGCCCCUCUUCCUGGUAAUCUUGAGAUCUUAAGCAGCACUGAAUCCUCCUGCCUCAUCACCAAUAUGCAAGGGAUUCACAACAAGAGGGCGGUGUUCCUGAAACGUCGUGCAAGGAUUGACAAGCAACACCAAAGCAAAGAUUCUGUUUUCUUCAGGGAUGGCAUACGAAGGAUUGACUGUGUCCUGUCCUAUAUUGAUGAUACAACCAAAGAAGGAGAAAAGAAAAUGGAAAGAAGAAAAGAGUUUGAAAACAACUUGCAGAAGGCAGGUUUGGAGCUGGAGACAGAGGAUAAGAUUGAAUCAGAAGAUGGAAAGACUUACUACUUAAAAAUCCAUACACCAUGGGAUGUCCUGGCCACCUACGCUGAAGUGCUGAAGAUCAAAGUGCCAUUCAAAGAAAAUGAUAUUCCCAGUAAACCCGAGAUCCCUGUCAGCUGGCUCUUCAAACCUUUCCGACUCUCAGAUGAAGUGAUGAACCCUGAGCCUGACUACUUCACAGCACCUUUCGAGAAGAAUAAAUCAGAUUUCUUUCUCAUCGAAGACAAGGAAACGCUCUUUCCCCCAUCCACCCGCAACAGGAUUGUUUACUACAUUCUGUCACGAUGUCCAUAUGGAACAGAAGAUGGAAAAAAGAAGCUGGGUAUCAAAAGACUCCUGAACAAUGGCAGUUAUACGGCUGCAUAUCCUCUACAUGAUUGUCGAUACUGGAAAAAAGCAAAAGACCCCAACUGUGAAAGUGAGCGUUAUACCUUAUACCGUGAAUGGGCACGACUCUCCCGCUUCUACAAGGAGCAGCCGCUGAAUCUUAUCAGGAGAUACUAUGGAGAGAAGAUUGGCAUCUAUUUCGCUUGGCUGGGUUUCUACACAGAAAUGCUUUUCUAUGCAGCCAUUGUUGGCCUCAUCUGUUUCAUUUACGGAGCACUAACCUUCAGUGAUAACGUGUGGAGUGAAGAAAUCUGCAAUGAUGAUAUUGGAGGACAGAUUAUCAUGUGUCCACUAUGUGACAAGAAAUGCGGUUAUUGGAAGCUAAACACUACCUGUGAGUCUUCAAAGCAAUCUCAUCUCUUUGAUAAUGUUGGCACUGUGUUUUUUGCCAUCUUCAUGGGAAUUUGGGUGACUUUGUUUUUGGAGUUUUGGAAGCGGCGGCAGGCUCGUCUUGAGUAUGAAUGGGACCUAGUUGACUUUGAAGAGGAGCAACAACAACUCCAGCUCAGACCUGAGUAUGAAAGCAAGUGUACUAAGCGUAAGAAGAACCCUAUCACCCAGGCUGAAGAGUGGGUUUUGGAUAGAAGCACUGUUAAUUUCUUUGGGAAAAUGGUGAUAUGUUGGGCAACAGUGUUAUUUUGGAUUGCUCUGAUUGUUGCCUGCAUCAUUGCCGUGAUUGUGUAUCGCCUUGCUGUCUACGCUGCCUUUGCCAGCAUCAUGAAGGACAACCCAGCUCAGAAUCUGCAGUUGGUUGGAUCACUGAUCACCCCACAAAUGGCAACCUCAGUGACUGCAUCUUGCCUCAACUUUGUAGUCAUCAUGAUCCUUAAUUUCCUGUAUGAACGAGUGGCCAUCUGGAUAACAGAUAUGGAAAUUCCCAAGACUCAUCUUGAAUAUGAAAACAGACUUACGAUGAAGAUGUUCCUUUUCCAGUUUGUCAACUACUACUCUUCUUGCUUCUAUGUGGCCUUUUUCAAGGGAAAGUUUGUGGGUUAUCCAGGAGAUUACACUUACAUGUUUGGACGUUGGAGAAACGAAGAGUGUGACCCUGGUGGCUGUCUUAUUGAACUGUCCACUCAGCUGCUCAUUGUCAUGGCAGGCAAGCAAAUCUGGGGCAACAUCCAGGAGGCUCUUGUGCCGUGGUUGUGGAAUUGGUGGGGAAGCCGCAAAGCACGCAGUCACCCUGAAAGCUUGUAUAGCCGUUGGGAGCAAGACCAUGACCUGCAGUGUAUGGGACAGCUUGGCCUCUUUUAUGAGUAUCUUGAAAUGGUCAUUCAGUUUGGAUUCAUCACUCUUUUUGUGGCCUCUUUCCCACUGGCUCCACUCUUGGCUCUUUUAAACAACAUCCUGGAGGUGCGGGUGGACGCCUGGAAGUUCACAACCCAGUUCCGCAGGCCAGCAGCAGCCAAGGCACACAGCAUUGGGGCUUGGCAAGAGAUCCUAAAUGGAGUGGCCAUCUUAUCUGUAGUUACUAAUGCCUUCAUUGUGGCAUUUACUUCUGACAUGAUCCCCAGGCUGGUGUACUUCUAUGCCUACCAUCCAGGAAAUGUGACAUCCAUGGAGGGAUACAUUAAUAAUAGUCUGUCCAUAUUUAACAUCACUGAUUUUAGGCCUGAGAACAGACCUGAUGAUGGAGAAAGUCCUGACUGGUUCAACAGCAGCUUUAUACCAACAUGCAGGUAUCGGGAUUACCGCUACCCACCAGGACAUGAGAAGGAAUAUACUCAUACUAUGCAGUUUUGGCAUAUUCUAGCUGCAAAGAUGGCCUUCAUCAUUAUUAUGGAGCAUGUUGUCUUCGUUGUGAAAUUCUUUGUGGCCUGGAUGAUUCCUGACGUACCUUCUGAAGUGAAGGCUCGAAUCAAGCGAGAGCGUUUCCUUACACAGGAGUACUUGCACGAAUAUGAGAUCCAGAAGCUUAGGGCGCAGCUGGAAGAGCAAGGAAAUCACACCCAAAGUGCCAUCGUAGAGGCGCAGAAGCAUGAAGUCUUCUCCGAAGUCAUGUAGCCCACAACUUUGGGGCUUCUGGCCUUUUCUACCAUUGAACCUGCGUACAGACACUCUUGGCCAUAAUCUGCAAGAUGGACCCGGUUAUUAAACAGAUUACUCCAGGGCUAGGGACUUGCACUCAACAGUGGUCAUUUCCAUGAGGACCUUAAAUGGGGCAGCCAAAGUUUCCAGUGUCAUUCUGGUUGGUAAAUUUCAGUUAAUGUCUCAAAGCAGAGCAGCUCCCCACUUCUAGAGCCAUGUUUUACUGAGGACAGAAAAUGGAAUAUCUUACCCUACUGUAUGUCUACAUGACCACCAAGGCCGCCACAGUCCCAAUCCUUUGAUGGUGCCAUAGAUUGGAAUUCUGUAAUAGGCCUGACCAGUAAACAGUUGAUUCGAAAGUACUGCAGGUGUCAAGGUCAGAUUCUGGUCACACUUGGGAACUGAGUGCUGAACUACACACUUUGGCUGCCUUUUCUUUUAAAGCUGCAUUGCUGUGAAAAAGUAUGAAACACGUAAACAGAUAACCAACUAGAUACUAUAACUACAUUGUCAGAAACAAGUAUCUGGUAUGGGUAAGCAAAACAUUAACCAAAUAAAGGCAAGAAUAUAUGCAAAGAAGUGAAGGGCGUAGGCUGAAAACGCUGAGCUUCUCUAUCCCAGAUCAUUUCAAGCGGAUUUGCUUCUCUUAGACAACUUACUCUGUUUGUGCAAUGUAUGUACAUACAAUAUGGCGUGAAGCAGAGAGCCCGAAUCAAGCAGAGAUUGAAGGUGAAAGGACAAACAGAAUAUUUAUCAAUUAUUCAACAAUACCAUACAAUGUUUUCAGAUUUCUGUGUUAAAAAAUUCUCCUGAAUGUGAGCGGCUGAAUUCCAUCCCGUAUUUUGAUUAUAUCUAUAGCUGUACUCAAGCUGAUGCCAGAGUUUAUUGAAAGUGCACCACAAGUGAAAGAUGAAAGGAAAGCUUAUGAUUAAGAUUUCUCAGACUUUAUUUUUGUAAAGGUGAAUCCACCAGUCACAGGUCAAUCUCGGAUUAUGAAGGGUGAUCUUCCUGAUAAGAUUGAAGGGAUUUUUGUUUUUUCUUAAUUUGUCAGUCAACCAUUUGCCCUCGCCUUUCUGUCUAAGUGCGUGUGGUACACCCUUUGUGAUUGACACUUCUUUUCUGGGUGAGCCACAGUUUCCGUCGACUUGACCUGCCUGAAGUGAAUCCCACUUAGUAUCUGAUAUCUGAGACAGCUUAGCCUUGGCUAUGAAUAUUUGUUAAAUAUUUAACAGACUUGAUGGUUAGCAUUCCUUCUGUGUCAUAUUAUCGAUAUUUUGUGUUAAUUUAACCAUUUUGGAUGCCCCCCUUUAAUGGACGUUUCCUCCGGUGCAUCUCAUUUAAUGGCUACAGUUUUCCUUUAUUUGCGUACUUUGUCUUUGAGCCGUCCCUGUGAAGCAUUAUAAAAGCACUAUUUCUGCAUUCCUCAGGUUCCAGCAGCGUAGAUUUGAGGCAGGUACGGCCAGCAAAGGCGUCUCUGUUAAAAAACAAAUGUUAUUCUGAAUUUGUUCAAAGUGUGAGAGUUUAGCAAAACACAGAGGGGAACACCCCAGAUUCUACAAUGAGUCUGUGCGCACUUCUGAAUAAAUGCAGUUUCUUUCCUAGCAUUAGUAUUAACUAAAGAGUCUUUAGUGAUCCCAAAAAUGGCAUUAAACUACAAAAAUCCACAAAUCACUAGCGAGAUGUCAUGUUGGUUGUAACCAUG